UCUGCACAAGCCCGCUCACGCAGAGAGUGCCUGGAUUUCAAGCUGAGAAGAAACAUGACAGCGAUAAGAAGCCCUGGUGCUUUCAUGUGCAUACUUGUAGUCCUGUCAGGAGUGGAGACAAGCCUGUGGAAGCCCAACAUCUGGGGCAGAUUGUCGAAGCUGUUCUCUGACGAGUUUGGUGGGCUCUGUCUAAAUGGAGGCUCGUCGAUCACUUCUCUGAUCACGGGAGAACAUUUGUUUUGUGAUUGUCCUGAGGGAUUUGAUGGGAUCCACUGUGAAACAGAGGACAAAGACGACUGCUAUGAGGGCAUUGGAUUGUACUAUAAAGGGAAAUUGUCAGAAACAGCCAGCGGACGGGCUUGUGCAGAGUGGGACCCAGAAACCAGGAGGCGCUUCUUAUCCUCUGAUCUUCACUCAGGGAGGCACAACUACUGCAGAAAUCUUCUCUUCAGGAGGCGACCGUGGUGUUAUGUUUGGAAGAACCAUCGGCUGCAGUGGGAAUACUGUGAUGUUCCACGCUGUGGCUUUCAACCCAUUCCAUCAGGACCUUCUCCAGAACCAACACAGCCUUUAACCACUGAAGAGUCGACAUGUGGCCGGCGCACCACAAGGAGGCAGAUGAAGAUUGUUGGGGGAACCAUUACCUCUGUGGAAUCCCACCCAUGGAUGGCUGCUGUUUUCUGGCGUAGCAAAUCCAAGCAAAAGGUCUUCCGCUGCGGGGGCAGCCUGAUCUCAGCCUGCUGGGUCCUCACAGCCGCCCACUGCUUCCCCGAUGGCUCUCGGAGCAGAUCCAGACAUUUCUCUGUCACUCUGGGGAAAAAUGCCCUGAAUGAGAGCAACCUGGACACGGAGCAAACCUUCAGAGUGGACAAGAUCUUCAUACAUGAAGGAUUCGACAACAGUGACGGAAACUACAACAACGAUAUAGCUCUGCUGAAGCUGAGGUCCAAGCAUGGGAGAUGUGCUGAGGAGAGCGCUUCGGUGAAGCCGGUCUGCCUGCCCCCCCCUGAGCAGACCCUGCACCCCGGCUACACCUGUCAGGUUUCAGGUUUUGGAAAAGAGAAACACGGUGAGCUCUGAUACCUCAGAGAGUACCUCAGAGAGGCGCAGGUGAAUUUACUGGCUGAAGACGUGUGUCGGCGUGAGGACUAUUACGGAAACAUGGUCACAGAUAACAUGAUUUGUGCCAGUAGUCCCAACUGGAGCCAGGAUGCCUGCAAGGGUGACUCCGGAGGCCCGCUGGUGUGUGAGGCCGCAGACAGGUUCUUUCUGUUUGGAGUUGUCAGCUGGGGCGACGGCUGCGCACAAGAGUUCCGACCGGGAGUUUACACCAGAGUCAGCCAUUACAACACAUGGAUAGAAGGGAAGACGGGUCUGUCCUCCAUCACUGCAGGAACCCAGUUUCCUCAGAAAUAACUCUGAGCUCAGACAACAACCAGCUGCUCUUCAGCAAUGCUUUUUCCAUGAAUAAAUCAAAAACUGAUUUAGGUGAUGAGUUGAUCACAUGUAAAACUGGAAGCAGGUUUGUUUGAUUUCACCUGGAACGUUUGAGCUUUUUCUGACCAGUCUUCCUAGUUCAGCCCAACGGAGAGAGUGGUUUCACCUCAUCAACCAGCCAAACUGGGAUUAACAGUUUGAUUUCUGCAAUGAGACUUUCUUAGGUUUCCAUGACUGUUUGGCCCAAUGAAAUUAUUCAAUCUACAGGAGACAAAACAUCAAGAAAAAAUAAGUUUAAAAAAUGUGAACAAAUGCCUAGUUUUAAAGUUUAGAACAGAUUUAAAACAUUUGAGACACGAAAUGAACUCGAGCUGACCUGUCAGGUCAGAUUUAAACCGGAUUUAACAAGAAAUAAAGGCAUUGAAUACUCUA